GCACAGGCCAUGUCACUGAAAUAUUAUCUCCUCGUGCUGGUGGGCUUCCAAGCCUGGGCUGCAGGCUUGGCCUACUAUGGCUGCCCUAGCGAAUGUACCUGUUCCCGGGCCUCCCAGGUAGAGUGUACGGGGGCACGGAUUGUGGCAGUGCCCACCCCUCUGCCCUGGAAUGCUAUGAGCCUGCAGAUCCUCAACACGCACAUCACCGAGAUCCCGGAGACCCCGUUCCUCAACGUCUCAGCCCUCAUCGCCCUGAGGAUGGAGAAGAACGAACUGUCCAACAUCAUGCCAGGCGCCUUCCGCAACCUGGGCUCACUGCGCUACCUCAGCCUGGCCAACAACAAAAUACAGAUGCUGCCUCCUGGUCUCUUCCAGGGCCUGGACAAUCUGGAAUCCCUCCUCCUGUCCAAUAACCAACUGGUUCAGAUCCAGCCAGCCCAGUUCUCCCAGUUUAGUAAUCUUAAGGAACUCCAGUUGCACGGCAACAAUCUGGAAUACAUCCCCGAAGGUACCUUUGACCACCUGGUGGGCCUCACCAAGCUCAACCUGGGCAAAAACGGCUUCACCCACCUGCCACCUAGGGUUUUCCAGAACCUUGGCAACCUCCAGGUGCUCCGGCUGUAUGAGAACAGGCUUUCAGACAUCCCCAUGGGCACUUUUGAUGCUCUUGGCAACCUCCAGGAGCUGGCCCUCCAAGAGAACCAGAUCGGCACCCUGUCCCCUGGCCUGUUCCACAAUAACCGCAACCUCCAGAAACUGUAUCUGUCCAACAACCACAUCUCGCAGCUGCCGCCUGGCAUCUUCAUGCAGUUGCCCCAGCUGAACAAGCUCACGCUCUUCGGCAAUUCCCUGAAGGAGCUCUCCCCGGGCAUCUUUGGGCCUAUGCCCAACCUGCGGGAGCUUUGGCUCUACAACAACCACCUCUCCUCCCUCCCCGACAACACCUUCAUCAACCUGCCCCAGUUGCAAGUGCUGAUUCUUAGUCACAAUCAGCUCAACUCCAUCUCCCCUGGAGCCUUCAACGGCUUGACAAACCUGCGAGAACUGUCCCUCCAUACCAAUGCUCUACAGGACCUGGAUGGAAAUGUCUUCCGAGCCCUGUCCAACCUGCAUAAUAUCUCCCUCCAAAAUAACCGCCUUCGACAGCUUCCCGGCAGCAUCUUCGCCAACGUCAAUGGCCUCACGACCAUCCAGCUGCAGAACAACAAUCUAGAGAACUUGCCCUUGGGCAUCUUUGACCACUUGGUGAACCUGUGUGACCUUCGUCUCUAUGACAACCCCUGGAGGUGUGACUCAGAUAUCCUCCCACUUCAUAACUGGCUCCUUCUCAACAGAGCCCGGUUGGGGACAGACACUCUUCCAGUGUGUUCCAGCCCAGCCAAUGUCCGAGGCCAGUCUCUUGUCAUCAUCAAUAUCAUCCCUGGGCCCAGUGCCCAGGUUCCUGACGUAUCUAGCUACCCGGAAGUGCCACACUAUGUAGACCCUAAUCAGCCAGGGUCACCCAGCUAUCCCGACACCACAUCCAUUUCCUCUACCACAGAGAUCACCACUGCUGUGGAAGACUACACAGAUCUGACCACUGUCGACGUCUCCGAUGACCGCAAUACAUGGGGCAUGACUGAUGCCCAGACGGGGCUGGCUAUUGCCGCCAUUGUGAUCGGCAUCAUUGCUUUGGCCUGUUCCCUAGCUGCUUGCAUCUGCUGCUGUUGCUGUAAGAAGAGAAGUCAGGCGGUCCUGAUGCAGAUGAAGGCUCCCAAUGAGUGUUAG